UCCAUAUAAAAAUUACGAUUGCUCACUCCCGUUUCUUUGUGCUCGAGUCCAACACUGUCACUUGGCAUCCGAAAAGCUUCGAUCUCACGUAUUCCUUUGGCCUGCAAUGCUGAACCCCAUGAGGCUUAUCAAGAUGGUGAGGAAGUGGCAGAAGUUGGCCGCCCUCGGCCGGAGAAGGAUCAAGUCGGAGAGGCCCGAAAACAGAGACGGUGAAGCAGGGCCGCCGUGGUCUUCGACGGUGGCCAGCAAGGGGCACGUGUUCGUGUACACCGCCGACGGGAAGCGCUUUAUGGUGCCGUUGAAGUACCUGAGCAGCGGUCUCUUUCGGGAGCUACUGCAGCGGUCGGAGGAAGAGUUCGGCCUGCCGGCCGACGGCCCCAUCACGCUGCCCUGUGGGGCCGCAUGCAUGGAGUCCGUCAUCAGCUUCCUCCACGGCCGGGGCAACAGCAACGCGGAGAGGGUCGUGCUUGAUACAAUCAGCUGUGGCGGCGGUGUUGGACGAUGCACGGAGGCGGCCGCUGGGAAAGGAGGAGUCAGCCAGCAUCUGAUCCUCUAUGGUUUUUGAAUAAUUGAUUAAAUUGUAGCAUCAUUUCCGGAGUCCCUCCGUCUUGAAAUUGUAUAAACAGAGAAACAGCCUCGGAUAGGUGGUCAAUUCUGAAUUUAACUCAGGGAAAUAGUUUCCCAAUCGAAAAAUAAACAAGGGAAAAUUUGGGACAGUGGGUUUGAAUGUUUGCAUCAUAAAUAUAUGCAGUGUUGUAUAUAAAAAAGCCGAAUCGAAUUGAU